GUCACCGGUGAGUUCUUAUGACAAUGAUAUCGCGACCUUCUGACACAGACGUGCAGUAUGCAUACCCUGCUCCAGCCCAUCUCCACCAUCCUCCGACGCCUGCUCGACGUCCCAGCCACGCUCCUUGAUCCAUCCUACUCCUUCAUAUACGAACACAUCCUCGACGAGACCUUCCCCGAAACCAUGAUGAACGUCAAGGUAGCCUAUGCACGCUCCCGUAUGGCCGCCUCGGCCAGCCAUGACCGGGCCCUCACCCGGCGGAUGCAGCACUGCCCAAAGCGCGCCUCGCUCGUCGAGCGAAUCAGGGCCGAGCUUCAACUUGUCCCAAGGCUCGUUGAACGUUACGCUGCAGCGGCCAGCGGACCCGGACCUGGUCCGAAGCGCGAGUUUGAGGACAUCGGCGCGGAUGCAUCCGCGAUCGAGUCGACGCCCACGAAGCCUUGUGCGAAGGGGAGGAGGCAUGUGCGUGGACAGCAGCCGUUCAUCGAGCCGGCGACGUUCGAGGAGCUGCACGAGCCUUUCGCGUGCAGCCUGCCAGCGAUCUUAGCUAUGCCGGUGAUUCCUGCGAAUCCGAACGUGGAUGCAGUAUGCAUAGUGGCUUCGAAGCACGGUGAGCUGCCUGAAAAGGUCUCCGAGCAGACUGAGGAUACGACGUCGGCCGACCUGGGACGCUUCGAAGACGCUCCCGAGGACGUCGAGGUUGCACAUCUCUGCAUCAGCGAUCUCGAAGGAGACGACGGCAACCCGUUCGACGUGCAAGCAGACGACAUCGGAGACAGCCGCGUUCUCGUGGCCUCCGAGAGCCUCUUGACCCCUCUUGACCCCGCCGUUGUCGCCAUCGAUGAGGCUAUGCGUUGUCUGUCCCUCAACGACACGAAGGCGGCACCAGGCAAGACCAAAGUGAAGUCGCGUGCGAUCCGGCCGCGGACCGAGUUCGACUUGUUUUUCGACUCGCCCAGCGCCUCGAGUUCUGCACGUUCCUCCCCUGUGCCUGUUGAUAGCAGGCUCGAGCUCUCGACUGAGUGGGUUGGAAAGGCUAGACCGCGCCUCCGCCGGUGCCAGCUGGUGUCGAUGGGAUCGCCUUCGCCCCGUGACGGACGGUUGCCGGUGGCGAUCGGAGCGAGAGGCGAAAGCAAGAUGCGAGAAUCGGUGGGCUUGACAUUCAGAUUGUGA